UUUUUUUUUUAAAUUUAUUUUCAAAUGUCUUCAUUCAGCUGUUUAUUUUAUUGAGUCUCUUAGUGUUUUAAUAUAUUGAUUUCAAGCAAAAAAUGUGCAAUAUUCAUUUAUUAUAUGUCCUUCCCAGUUGCGUUGCUUAUAUAAUCGAACAUCUUUUAUUUAUAAAAUGCAGAGGGUCGAUGAGCUGAGCUGAGCCGCGAACACAUGAACUUAUUCAGACAGAGUUUUAAAAACAUUUUAUGUAUAUAAUAUUUAACAAUAUGCACAUAAAGUUGAAAAAUUUAAGAAUGCGUGAUUUUAAACCAGGGUCCAUAAUUGCACUGUAAACUAUUCUGAUGCAAAAAUCUAUUCGAAUUUUGAUGACCCUUUGAAUCUUAGAAUAAAGUCUUAGAAAUAUUUAUUAACAUUAUUGUCAUUACUUCUAGAUAAUUCUCUAAAAUAGAUUUUCAAUUCUGCCCUAACAACAGAGAUAGAAUGAUAUCAUGUAGUUUAAACUAUAAUAUAGGGGUGAACAAGGAGAACUAGGCCGAUUAUAUGCAUUUUCCAUGCAGUAUGUAAACAUGCAAAUAAUAAAAAAAGAAACUGGGCUAAAAAGCUGGUGAACAAUUUUGAAAAAACUGAAAAAGUUUCACAGUGAAAUCCAAAAACCUGUGGAAAUGUGAAAUUUAACAAUCUUAUUUGUAUUUGAUGUUUCUAUAAAGUAGCUAUCUACAGGUUGUAUAACUGAAGAGUAUGGUUCUGUGUUCAACACCUGGGUCCGGAAAUUUCAAUGCUCAGCCUUUCCUGGAUAUCAGGGAUGGUGAUGAUGUCCAGAAUAAAUUAAAAUUUGAAUCCAACAAACCUAGAUCUCACGGGAGGGAGACAGAACAACAUAAAUCGGAGGUUUUGGAGGACCAAAAUCUUUCAGAGGCUGCGGGAAGACUGCUGGAGAAGCUGGAGGCUGAGCAAGAAAUGUUGGAUUUGUGGAGGAUGGGGGAGGAGGAUGAGGAAGAGGUUGAAAAAGAGACAGAUUUUCUACAGAGGGACAGUAAUUACGGUUCUUUUUACGACCAUUCCUUGCCACAUGAACUUCAAUAUCAAAGUCGUGAUCAACAACAUCUACCACCUCAUCGUCAAUAUCAUCAAGAUCAACAACAAUUCCAUCAUUAUCAUCAUCUUUAUCAAGAAUCUUUGCUUCUACAGUUUCAAAAUCCGCGGGAGCGAAAGAUUAGUGAAAAUCUGUUUAUUAUGGACGCAUAAAAAACUUACAAAAUUAAAAUUUUGAAAAUUUUUAUCUUUUUUUGAGACAAAUAAGCAUAAUCUUAAAAAUUAUAAUUUGUUGAUUACAGUUUUUCAAGAAUCUAAUUACAUUUAUAAUAAGUUUUAAUGAUAAAAAACAUAGUACAAAUAAAUUUUACACUUAAAAUCUGUUAUAGCUUAUCGUCUAAGUUUGAGAUCAGACAGUCAGUAAAAAUUUAUAAUAUCAGCUGAUUAUUAAUAAGUUCAUAUUUAUCUGGUUUGGAGAUUUGGCUGAUUU